AGGGAGGAGCGCUUCCCCAGACCCUGCGGUACUCGCGACUCGAUCGCCUGGCUCUCUCGGCCGUCGCGACGACGGCCUCGGCGUCGGUGUAUCAGAUGGAGCCGCCUCGUCCGCCUCGCGAGGGAUCGGAAGCACGCUUUUUUCGCCGGGUUCGCUCGGCUUCCCCUUCUUCCUUCCGUCCCGCACACUCUCAGCCUCUUCUCGAGCACCAAACAUGUCCGUCCCCUUUGCUGGGCCAGUGACGGCGCAGCUCAGCGCCAACGCGUUCGGCGAGUCGUCGACGCCGGACGACAAGCGCUCUCUCAGCGACGCGGCACCCGAGGUCGUCGAGGUCAAGCAUUCGCUGGGCGUCAAGCGCAUCGAGAUCAUCAACUCGCAGCUCACGCCCUUCUGGCGGGCCUGGCUCUGGGUCGCCGUCUUCCUCACCGCCUACUGCUAUUCGCUCGACGCGACCGUGCGUGGGACGCUUCAGUCGUACGCGACGUCGUCGUUCUCGCAUCACUCGCUCCUCUCGACCGUCAACGUCCUCAAGAGCAUCAUCGCCGCAGCAUGUUACCCACCAUACGCCAAGCUCGCCGACACGUUCGGCCGCGUCGAGAUGAUCCUCUUCAGCGUCGUCAUGUACGUCAUCGGCACGAUCGUCGAGGCAUGCGCCACCAACAUGGAAAGCUUCUGCGGCGGCGCCGUCCUGUUCCAGUUCGGGUACUCGGCCGCCAUCCUGGUCCUCGAGAUUAUCAUCUCGGACCUCACCUCGCUCCAGAGCCGCCUUCUCUUCUCCUACAUACCCGCGGCGCCAUUCUUGUUGAACUGCUUCCUCUCGGCAAACGUCGUCGACGCGAUCACGGCCAACACGACGUGGCAGGUCGGUAUCGGCGUGUGGGCCGCUGUCUACCCGUUCUGCGCCCUUCUCGUCAUCAUCCCGUUCGUCGUCGCGAGCAGGAAGGCCAAGCGGGCCGGCCUCCUCGACAACUACUCGAGCCCGUACAAGAAGCUCGGCUUCAAAGGCCUGAGUCGGCACCUGUUCUGGGAGGUCGACCUCGUCGGAGUGAUUCUUACAAUCGCCGUCCUGUCCCUCAUCCUCCUUCCCUUCACCCUCGCCGGCGGCGUGUCUCGAUCGUGGAAGGCGGCGCACAACAUCGCCAUGCUCGUCGUCGGCGUCGUCGUGUGCAUCCCGCUCUUCAUCGUGUGGGAGACCAAGUACGCACGGGCGCCGCUGUUCCCGUUCGCCCUCAUGCGCUCGCGCACGGUCCUCGGGUGCCUCGGCAUCGCCUUCCUCCUCAACGCGACAUGGUACCUCCAGGGCGACUACCUGUACACGGUCCUCGUCGUCGCCGCCAACGAGAGCGUGCUCUCGGCGACGCGUAUCACGUCGAUGUACUCGUUCGCGUCGGUCAUCACGGGCAUCAUCGCCGGACUGUUCGUCCGGUUCUACCUGCGCCGCCUCAAGCCCGUCAUCCUCACCGGCAUUGCCCUGUUCCUCGUCGCGUUCGGCAUCCUCAUCCGGUUCCGCGGCGGCUCGAACGCGCACAGCGGCAUCCUCGGCGGCCAGAUCCUGCUCGGCAUUGCUGGUGGCCUGUUCCCGUACUCGGCGCAGGCGCUCAUUCAGACCGAGGGCGGGCACCAGCACACGGCCAUCCUCCUCGCGAGCUAUCUCGCCAUCUACAGCGUCGGGUCGGCGUUCGGCAACAGCAUCUCGGGCGCGAUCUGGACCCAGGUCCUGCCCGGCGAGCUCGAGAAGGUGACGAGCAACGCUACGGCCGUCGCGCUGUGGUACGGCUCGCCUUUUGUCGCCAUCACCGAGCCCGACGGGCAGUGGGGCGAGCCGAUCCGCAUGGGCGUCGUCGAGGCGUACCGCCACGUCCAAAAGUUGCUCUGCAUCACGGGCAUUUGCCUCGCCGUCCUCCUCGUCGGCUGCGGCCUCGUCCUCAAGGAUCCUGUCCUCGGCGUCGAGCAGUCGCUGCCCGCCCGCGACGAGAAGGAGGCGGCGCAGAGCGAGACGAAGCCUCGCGACGAGGCCUGAGCCCGACGUCGGCCGUCCUUUGUAGCAGCGACUCGCCGGCGAGCGUGCAUUCCAGUUCGCUUCGAUCCAGC